GUGUCAUAUGAAUGUGACAGCCUUGUUUGCCACACCGUCUGAUCGCUCUCUCUUGCCUUCAUUUGGAAGCCCUCCGUCCAGUUCAACUCAUCCCAAGUUAGUCUUCUCUGUGACAGCUGCAGGACACCAUGAGUCUCUACAACAACCGUUAUGGAAGUACGCGUGGCUUCAGUAGCCGAUCUCAAGGCUCGCUGUCUAGUAGACCCUCAAUGUAUCGGGCCAGCACCAGUGGCUUCCAGCCUGGACUUCAGAGGUCCAUCAGUGGUCUGAACUUAUCUCGUGCCAUUCCAGGGUCCAGCACCUUCCUGCUCUCCUCACUGCCCAACUUGGAGGUGGAUCCCAAGCUGCAUGAGCUCAGGUUGAACGAGAAGGAGCAGAUUAAGGGUCUGAACAAUCAGUUCGUCAAUUUCAUUGAUAAGGUACGGGACCUUGAACGGCAGAAUAAAGUUCUUGAUACCCAGCUGCGCCUGCUGAAGGACAAGGACAGUUACAAGUCUAAGGUUGACCAGAUCACCUUGACUUCGAGUAACCAUCUAAAGCAGCAGAUUGAUUUACUCCUGCGUGAGAAGGACAAGCUGCAGGUGGAGUUCCAUAACAUGCAAGCAGUGGUGGAGGAUCUCAAGAGCAGAUAUGAGGAUGAAAUUAACAGGCGAAAUCAACUUGAAAAUGAUUUUGUGUUGACAAAAAAGGACUUGGAUGAUACUUAUCUUCACAAAGUGGAUAAUGAGUCCAAAGUGGAAAGCCUGACAGAUGAGAUCAACUAUGUGAAACAGCUCUAUGACGAGGAGGUACUAGAACUGCAAUCUCAGGUGCAAAAUGCCAACGUGACCGUGGAGAUGGACAAUAAUCGGGACUUGGAGAUGAAGCAUGUCAUGGAGGAGGUGAAGGCUCAGUAUAAAAACAUGGCAGACAAGAGUCGUCAGGAGGUGGAACACUGGUACAAGAGUAAGAUCGAUGACAUGGUAAACCAGGCCAGGAGAACAGAUGAUGAGUUGAAGUCUGUGAAGAAUGAGAUUGGAGAUUUACAUCGAAUGAUCCAAAGAGCCAACAGUGAAAAUGAGGCCCUAAAGAUCCAGAGGUCAAAUCUAGAACAUGCAAUUGCUCUAGCAGAGGACCACGGGGAACAGGCUAUCCAAAAUGCCAAGGCUCAUGCACAGGAGCUCGAAGAUGCACUGAAGAGAGCAAAGCAAGACAUGGCACGCAAGGUGAAGGAAUACCAAGAUCUGAUGAACACCAAGCUGGCACUGGACAUUGAGAUCGCCACCUACCGUAAGCUACUGGAAGGAGAGGAGAGCAGGCUGAAUAACCACUCAACUUCAAAAUCGCAGCUCAGUGUCUUUGACAAAAUGGCCAAUUUCUUAAACUUAGAUACGAAAAGUAGCUCGGCACCACGGAUGUCUUCAGGACCAAAAAAAGUGGUUCUGGUGAAGACCAUCGAAACCAACAAUGGAAAACAGCUGUCUGAGUCAAGUCACUACUCAGAGGAGUAAGCUCUGCAAUUUAGGAGACCUCUCCUCGACCCAGCACUUGCAAUGUUCUACAUGAUGUCUCUCUGUUACAAACUGGCUUACCGUUACAAACUGGUGUACCGUUUUCCAAUCUAAGUGUAAGGCACAGAAUAUAGAUUUAUACCUUAAAUCCGGGAGAGGUGGGUAGGCUCUGUAACUGCUGAGACUUGGGUUCAAUCAAAAUACCGGAUUACUCCUCCAAGAAAAAUUGUCCAAUCUCAAUCCACUAAAGAUAAGAGAAAAAGAAAACCUUUACUGAAACAACAACACCCCUAAGGAUUUACAGAGAAAAUUAUGCGUUUUGACGAGUUUUGUGUCUAGCCUGGUACUUUAUCAGAGACAUAGACUAUAUUUUCCUGAGGAGGAAUCCGCAUUAUUUUGAAUGAACCUUCCAUAGAAGGUCUAUCUAUCACGUAGUUGAGAGGU